UUUAAUUUAUAUGAACGAUCAGGACCUGCGAAUGCAGGGCAUAAUUUCAAAGCUUACAGGGUGACAGAAAAUGGUGAACUGUGGUAAACAGUGAGGGUGAUGUUAAUAUUCUUUGGAAACAGGCUGCAGAAAUAGACAGGCACAGGUCAGGUGUAAUUUAACACGCAGAUUUGUGGAGCGGUAUUUUUUUGUCAGGAUGAACAAAGUGGUAAAAUGUUAAAGGGGCGCAGGAACAGACAGACCGGGAGGUGAGGUGGCAGGGCAAGUUGAGGAAGCUGUUUAAAAAAGCAUAAAGGACCCAGGACUUUUAUUCGCAGUAGAGUGCAAAAACAAGGAAGCUAUCUCAAGCCUCUCCAAAUCACCUGCCUCAACUGGAGUCUUAUGCUCAAUUCUGGACACCACACUCCAGGAAAGAUGUCGAGGCUUUGGAGAGCGAUGAGAAAGAGAUCUACAAUAAUGGUCCCUGGGAUUAGGGACUUUUAAGUUAACGUGGAGAGACUGUAGAAGCUGAGAUUGUUCUCCUUGGAGCAGCGAAAGUUAAGAGGAAGCUUUGAGUGAGGUGUUCAAAGUCAUAAAGGCUUUUGGCAGACUGAAUGCAGAGAAACUGUUUUCAGCGGAGGAAGGGUCGAUUAAUAAAGGACACAGAUUUAAGGUGAUUGGCAAAAAAGGUAGAUGUAGCACAGCGAGCUACUGUGAUCUGGAAUGGAACAGAUGGUCAGAAAAGAUGGUGGAAGCAGAUUCAAUGGUCACAUUCAAAAGAGAAUUGGAUAAAUGGGCUAUGGGAUAGCUUUUCAAGAGCCAGCACAAGGACGAUGGGCCGAGUGGCCAGCUCCUAUGCUAUACUAUUCUAUGAUUCCAUGAAAUAUGUAAGGAGGUACAAUCUGCAGGUUUGGCCAUAUUGUUUCACUUGUUCAUAUACUGCAGGCAGAACGACAUUGGUUGUCCAUUGAUGUCCUGAAGCUUUCACCCGUCAGCACCCUAGUGCUCCUAACUUACCAUGUGGGGUUCAAGGAGAAUGGAUUUUGAGUGAGAGAGCAUCUUGUUCUGACUGUUUCAGGAUAAAUCCCAAAUUGCAGUGCACGUUGUGUUUUUCUCAAAGUUAUUCUCUGGAUGCCACAAAGGCUAACCUCUCGUUGCCCUGAGAAGGUAAUGCUGGAUCUCUACUUGAACUAUUGCAAGCUUUGUGAUAAUGGAGCUAAGUUAUAAACUGAUGGAACAGUCCGCACCCAUAUAUGUCCGCAUCAGCAUGAUGUAUAACCUGGAGAUAGUGCUGUUCCUGUGACAUUGCUGCUUGUAUCCUUCCUGGUGGUGCUACUCAAGCAGUGGCUGCAGCUUAUCCCACAGGUCAUACAUACUCAAAGUCAUGGUGUGGGAAGGAGCUUUAUAUUGAGUCCAAUGAAGGGGUACCACUCGUAAGAACAUAAGAAAUAGGAGCUGGAGUAGGCCCUUCAAGCCCAUUCUGCCAUUCAAUAAGGUCAUGGCUGUUCUCCAACCUCAACUGAACCUUCCUGCGAUCAAAUUGUUCUGCAUGGUGCCAAAUCUAUUGAGUGUUGUAGGUACUGGGCAGCUGGUGAGUUUUCCAUCAUGCACAUGCCUUGAGUUUUGUCGAUAAUGGAGAACCUUUGAGCAUUCAGCAGACGCUGACUCUCGUGGGAUAGCAAUCAGGAGCAGGAAUCCUGUUCGAAUUUUCCCUUCCUGGAACAGAACUGAGUUCCAUUGGAGUGCCAAACUGAUGCCCCAAUUGAGACCAGAGCCAUGGACUCGGUUGAAAAUCAACUGGAGCUACUUUUGAAAGGAGGGGGUAUCGAGAUGCAGGAGUACGACUCACCUCUUCUGGAGGAGGUGGUGCCGGUAACUGUGCGGAAGACAGUUUGCUACAUCGUCGCUGCAGUCAUACUGAACGAGCAGAAAGAAGUGGUGAUGAUGCAGGAGGCAAAGCAGGAAUGUUAUGGCAAGUGGUACCUGCCAGCGGGGAGGAUGGAACAAAAUGAAACGAUCGUCCAGGCCGUGAAGAGAGAGGUUCAAGAAGAAACCGGUUUGGAGUGCGAGCCGUACACCCUGCUGAGUGUCGAAGAGAGAGGGCCUCGAUGGAUCCGCUUCGUUUUCCUGGCCAGAGUUACAGGAGGAAAUUUGAAGAGCACCUCAGAGAGCGAUGCAGAAUCCCUGCAGGCAAAAUGGUGGGACAGAGUGUCACCGCUUCCGCUCAGAGCCAGGGACAUCUUAAAUCUCAUUUCGUUUGCUGUGAAGCACAAAGAGAAGGCUUCCCAUCCAGUGAUUGUACCUGUGGAGCUGCCCUGUUCUAUUGUUUGCCACAGAGUAGUGGCUGCCUUCCUCAACACAAACAACGACCUCUGGCUGUUGACCAACCAUAAGCACUUUCCUCAUUUCCCUGUGACAGCUUGUGGCUCAUCCUCAGCUGACCUGUCCUGCAGCGUAGAAGCAGCCAUCUACAGACUCAUCAAAGAGUGCUCGAUGGGCUGCCAGCUCAAGGUGAAAACUCAUGGCAUUUUGGGGUUGCAGCACAGCGGAUCAGUCCCUGGGAAGGCUGAUGGUGUUUGUUUCAAUGUCUUAGUCACUCUUGCCCAGACGGAAUCUAAAUACUGCCAGAUCCCUCCGGAUGUCAACAACAUGAAGUACGGUUGGCACAAAGUAGAUAACGACGAUUUAAAAGUUCAGUUGUUAGAGAGGUUGUCAUUUUCUUCUGUCGUGCCAUUUUUGAAUUAAAGUGUCAUGGGAAAUGAAGGCA